AUGAACAAAACUUUGAGCUUAACGUUGUGUAUUACAUCGCUCUUAUUGACCCUUUUCCUGGCAGCUUUGGAUAUUGUUAUAGUUGUUACUUUAUAUGAUACUAUUGGCAUUAAGUUCCAUGACUUUGGGAAUAUAGGCUGGUUAGUUACUGGUUAUGCUCUUUCUAAUGCGGUUUUCAUGUUAUUAUGGGGCCGCCUAGCUGAAAUACUUGGUACUACGGAGUGCUUAAUGAUAUCUGUUGUUAUAUUUGAAAUUGGGUCUUUGAUUUCAGCUCUGUCAAACACAAUGGGAACUCUAAUUGGUGGAAGAGUCAUUGCAGGAUUCGGUGGAAGUGGGAUUGAAUCACUUGCUUUUGUUGUUGGAACGUCCAUUGUUCAAGAAAACUAUAGAGGAAUAAUGAUAACAGCACUUGCUGUGUCAUAUGUCAUCGCAGAGGGAGUAGGACCAUUCAUUGGUGGAGCAUUUAAUGAACAUUUGUCUUGGAGAUGGUGCUUUUAUAUCAAUCUUCCGAUCGGAGCGUUUGCAUUCAUAAGUUUGGCUUUUUGCUGUGCAUCUGGGGGAAAAUGGCUUUCCAAAAAGUGGUUACUAUCAAAAAUCAAUAGUAUUACCAGUUAUAAAUACUAUGAAAUUUUCAAAGCAAGCUUUUGGAAAAAGGUAUUCCAGAUACUUGUAUUUAAGCUGGACAUGAUCGGGAUUAUUUUAUCAUCAGCAGGCUUUACAUUACUGAUGUUAGGUCUUUCAUUUGGUGGAAACAAUUUCGCAUGGAAUUCGAGUAUCAUUAUUUCCUUUUUUACUCUGGGUCCCAUUCUGUUGAUAUUGUUUUGUGCUUACGACUUUCAUAUUCUACCAUUACUGGGUGUUCACUACAAAAGUAAGUAUGCCAGACCACUACUGACAUGGAAAAUUGCGUCAAAUGCUGGGAUAUUCACAAGUUCCAUAACAGGGUUCUUUUCUUGCUUUGCUUAUGAAUUACAGUCUGCUUAUUUGGUCCAGCUUUAUCAGCUGGUAUUGAAGAGAAAUUCUAUGUUGGCAAGUAUCCAUCUUUGGGAACUAUCAAUUCCAGCCAUGAUUACAACCAUGGCCACAGCAUAUCUGAACGCAAAAUAUGGAAUCAUUAAACCAGCAAUUGUUUUUGGCGUGCUUUGUGGGAUCGUUGGGUCGGGUAUAUUUACGCUAAUUAAUGGAGAAAUUUCUCAAUCAAUUGGUUAUUCUCUUCUACCAGGAAUUGCUUUCGGUAGCAUUUUCCAGGCAACUUUAUUAAGCUCUCAGGUACAGAUAACACCUGAUGACCCAGACUUUCAGAACAAGUUUAUUGAAGUUACAGCUUUUAACUCGUUUGCUAAAUCCUUGGGAUUUUCUUUUGGGGGAAAUAUUGGGGCCAUGAUAUUCACAGCAUCGCUCAAAAAUCAGUUGCGUUCUUCCAAUGCAAAUUUGCCACAAUUUACGUCCAUUGAAACACUUUUAGCUUAUAGAACAGAAAAUUAUGAUGGCCCCCAGUCUUUGCUAUCGCAGUUCAUCAACACAGCUAUCCACAACGUUUUCUACUGUGCUUUAGGAUGCUAUGCUCUUUCAUUUUUCUUUGGCGUAUUUACUUCAAGCAAAAAAACAUCAGUAUCAGUAAAGAAACAACAAUGA